CACUGCUCCCAAAACACAUCUACACGUGCACGAAGUGUCCCAGACCACAGAAAUUCAUGUGCUAUGGAUCAAGAUUUUGAUGAUGACAGUGAGGGUCAAGCCAGGGGUAGAUUUAGAGACAGUGGUCAGAUGACAAAAUUAAAAACAGGAAAGAAAAAACAUAAAGAUUCAGCAUCGUUGAAAAUGUCUGAUAAAACUGCAGUGACAGUGAUCCCUAAAAGUAGUGAAGGUGACUUCUACAGUAGUCAAAAGAAAAAAAAACUAAAACAAUUUUCUGGUCUGGGCAAUGAUGAAAUGACUCCUGGAAACAGCAAGACAAGUAAAGAAUAUGAAAUUGAAGAGGAUGAAUAUCAGGCUUGUUCUGAAGAUGAGGAUAUGGAGGAACAGUCUGAAAUGGAGUCUACUGAUGAAGAUGUCAGUAAAGAAGAGUAUGCAGCCAUGCGUGAAGAAAUUGCUAACAUGCCAUUUGAAGAUUUGAUAAAGCUAAAAGAAAGAAUUGGAACAAAAGCAUACAAAAAGGCAAUGCAUGGUGAUAAACACCUAGGUGUGAAGGGAAAGCGACAAUUUAAAAGGAAAAACAAAAACAGACCAAUGGAGAUAUCAUCAAAGAGACGGGUACCUGCCGUAAGAGAGGUUAUUCCUGUAAAGAAAAAGAUUAACCGUGACCCCAGAUUUGAUGACCUUUCUGGAGACUUCAGGGAAGAUCUCUUCAACAAAUCUUACUCCUUCCUUAAGGACAUAAAAAUCAGGGAAAGGGAGAAAGUGCAAAGAGAACUCAAGAGAGUAAAGAAUGCAGAUAAGAAACAAGACCUUCACUAUCUACUUAAUCGUAUGAAACAACAAGAAAUGGCUACAGAUCAGAAACAAAAGAGACAAGACCUUGAAAAGAAGUGGAAGACAAAGGAGAAGGAAAGAGUGAAGGAAGGAAAGAAUCCAUUUUAUCUCAAGAAAGGAGAUUUAAGGAAACUAGAAUUAGCAGAAAAGUAUAGAGAGCUCAAGAAAUCUGGAAAAGUUGACAAUUACCUUAGUAAAAAGAGAAAGAAAACUGCUUCGAAAGAGAAAAAGAAGUUACCCUUACCAGCAAAGCAAUUUGGAUUCACAUAAUUGGUUUUCAAUAAAAUUUCAUUUAA